UUAUGGUAGCACUGAUUUAGGAGAAGCCAGUGUUUCAAUUUAGCACGUUUCCUAAAUCUCUACAAUAUUAUAAUUUUAUGCUUUAAGUACAGUAUUACAUAAUGCUCCUUUAAUCCUGAAGUUAGACUGCAACUUCUCUUAAAUCAACUAGAUCGCGUCAUAACCGUCUUGGUAACCUGGUAACCUAGCAACAAGGCCAACAGAAACGACUCCACGGAACCUGACAGACGCUUAAUUUAUAUAAACUUGUAGUUUAACUGAAUUAAUAAUUGCAUUGUUUUUCCUGAUAGCUUGGCCUAUAUAAAUAUUUGCGUUUACAUAAUUAUUGGAGAAACGCCUUACCACGUAUGUAAUCCGCCAAAUUCCCGUUGAAAAGAUAAUCCUGAAAAGCAGAUGUCUGCGCCUCGUAUCUUCGUCGAGAUAACUUUGGCUUUAAUCAAACCUGAUGCCAUCCAUAAAGCUGAUGAAGUCGAGGACAUAAUUCUUCUGUCUGGGUUCACAAUCCUGCAGAAACGAAAGCUUCACCUGAGUCCCGAGCAAUGCAGUGACUUUUACAUUGAGCAUUAUGGGAAGCUGUUUUUUCCCCAUCUGACUGCCUUCAUGAGCUCUGGACCGGUUGUUGCUCUAGCACUGGCCAGACAUCAGGCUAUUGCCACCUGGAAAACUAUAAUGGGACCAGUCAGCAGCAUUAAGGCCAGAGAGACACAUCCUGACUGUCUGCGAGCGAGAUUUGGCACAUGUGACCUUCGGAAUGCUGUGCACGGAAGUGAAUCCUCCUUUGCAGCUGAGAGAGAGAUCAGAUUCAUUUUUCCCAACUCCGUGAUUGAACACAUUCCGAUGGGAGACACAACCAAAGAUUACUUGAGCCGGUAUGUCAGCCCAACACUUCUCAAUGGACUGACAGAGCUGUGCAAGAGGAAACCAGCAGAUCCUUAUACGUGGCUUGCUGACUGGCUGUUAAACAAUAACCCUAAUAAACCCAAAAUAUCUGCUGGAACAGUUGUAGAAGAAGCAGCACAAUCACAAAAAAAAAAAAAGAUACAGUAAUUUUUUAAGCAACAAGUAGUUACUGUCUGAGUCUGUUUAUGUCAUAUUCUCCAUGUAAUUUGAAUGGCUUUGUUAUAAAAUAAAAGUGUUUUUAUAAACUA